UGUCUCCAAUGAUGGGACUGGUUGUUUCAGCGUUGGUGCUGGUGUUGCUGCGAUGUGUUUGGUGGAUGUUGUCGCGUAUUUCCACCUCGCAAAACAAGCCAAGGCGAACGUGGGCCAGUUGGCCUUUGCCACUGAGAACUACAGUUGUGCUGGGAUCUGGUGGUCACACGAUGGAAAUGUUGGCGUUGAUCAAAGACCUAAAUCAGGAGAGGUACAUUUGUGACUUUAUCUUGGCCGAAACCGAUACAAGUUCCUUGAAGAAGGUCCAGGCAACUUGCCCAGAUCUUGCGAAAGACUUGGAUCGGUUUCACGUGAUUCCCCGAAGCAGGGAGGUUGGGCAAUCUUGGCCAUCAUCCGUCAUGACCACUGCCAAGGCCUUUCUAGCCUGCAUUCGACUGGUGUGGGAGCUUCAACCACAGGUUCUACUUGUGAAUGGUCCUGGCACAUGUGCCCCAGUGGUGGGCGCAGCAUUGCUGUUUGAGCUGAUUGCCUUCAGAUGCAUCUCUUUGAUCUUUGUUGAAAGUAUUUGCAGAGUCAAGACCCUGUCAAUGAGCGGCAAACUUGUUUAUCCAUUUGCCGAUGUCUUCGUGGUGCAUUGGCCAGAAUUGGCGGAGAAGUACACAAAAGCUCAAUUCAUGGGAAUAUUAUUUUAAUAGAAACAUAUAAAUAAAAAUAGAAUUGAUUAAUUU